AUGAGAUCUUCUGAUGAGGAGGAGAAUGAGCGAAUCAAAGAAGCGCAAAUGCAAGAUCCAAAGUUGGUAAAAACUCGAGAUAGGGUUUUGGCUGGGAAAGCUAGUGAUUUUUCAGUGUUAGAGACGAGAAUGUUGCAAUUCAGGAAUCGUGUUUGUGUACCUAUGGAUGAUGGUAUUAAAAGAGAGAUUAUGGAUGAGUCUCAUACGACUCCUUACUCAGUUCAUCCAGGGUUAACAAAGAUGUAUCAAGACCUAAAAGAAAUGUUUUGGUGGCAAAGCAUGAAGAAUGACAUUGCUGAAGAAAUUGUUCGUCGUUAUGGUUUCUCAAAGUCUAUUGUUUCGGAUAGAGAUCUGAAUUUCACAUCAAGAUUCUGGGAAAGCAUGAAGAAUGACAUUGCUGAUUAUGUUGCUAAGUGUCUUACCUGCCAGCGAAUAAAGGCUAAACAUAAGAGGCCUGCACGGUUAUUGGAGCCAUUGAACAUACCAGAGUGGAUAUGGGAAGAUAUUCCUAUGGACUUCGUGGUAGGUUUGGAUAGAACAACGAGACAGUUUGACUGUGUGUGGGUCAUAGUGGAAAGGUUAACAAAGUCAGCGCCCUUCCUACUUGUUCGGACGAAUUUUUCCAUCGACCAGUUUGCUGAGUUAUAUGUCAGAGAAAUUGUUCGUCGUUAUGGUGUCUCAAAGUCUAUUGUUUCGGAUAGAGAUCCGAAUUUUACAUCAAGAUUCUUGGAGAGUCUACAUUGA